AUGUUGACAUUUAACGAGCCCGCAGAAAUCGACUCACCCAACAACCGCAAAUGGAGUUUGCAACCUCUUCUUCACAGCGCUGAGCGCUCGCAUAGCAAAAUGCCAGGUAUUAGAAAGAUUCCUCUUCGCGCUAUUGGAAUUAUUGCCCUUACUGCCUUGUUGAAUAUGAUAGUCUGGGUGGCAGCGGCUAUUGUGCUGAGUUACCAUCCAAGACUCCUAGCAACGGGACAAAAGCCCGUUACUGUCGGCACGUUUUUCUCGCUUGGCCACUCAACAAUCGUGAUCAUCACAUCUGUUGUCGUCGCAGCAACAGCAGCAGCAGUCUCCGAUCGCUUCGACAGCUUCAGCACUGUCGGUGGAAUCAUUGGCACCUCCGUCAGCGCUGCAUUCUUGAUCUUGCUUGGUCUUAUGAAUGCGUACAUCCUGUAUAAACUCGUCAAGCAGAUGCAAAAGGUCUUCAAUCUCCCGGAGGGCAAUGAAGACGAAGCGUGGAAGAUCGAGAGUGGGGGAAUCCUUUUCUCAGUCUUGAAGAAAAUGUUCAAAUUGAUUGACCGUCCAUGGAAGAUGUAUCCCCUCGGAAUUCUGUUCGGCCUUGGGUUUGACACCUCCUCCGAGAUCGCUUUACUUGGAAUCUCAUCUAUCGAAGCUGCGAAGGGAACAUCCUUCUGGGUGAUUCUCAUUUUCCCGGCUUUAUUUACAGCCGGUAUGUGUCUCCUUGACACAAUCGACGGAGCCUUGAUGUUCUCCCUCUACAUUCAACCAGCGGCCAACUUCCUCCCGCAAAAGCCAACAAGUACCGUCUCAGACACCUCGUCAACAGCCACCGAUCCAGAUGAGCUCCCGCAAUCGCGCAAGAAUCACCGCGACCCAGUCGCAUUCCUGUACUACUCGAUCGUACUGACCACGCUAACCGUCAUCGUGGCGAUUGUAGUUGGCGUGAUCCAGCUGCUCAGUCUCAUCCUGAACGCCACAGAUGCUAAAGGAAAGUUCUGGGACGGUGUCCAGGUUGCUGGUGACUACUACGAUGCUAUUGGCGGUGGUAUAUGUGGUUGCUUCAUUGUGUUUGGUUUACUGAGCGUUUUAGUCUACAAACCAUGGCGCAGGUGGAUGGAUCAGCGACAUGGAAAGAAUGUCGUCAACGAUGUGGAGAGGUAUAGAGAUGACGAUGUUUUCCCUGGCGAUGUUCCUGGAGGCUGCAUAAUUGUGACUGGGACGACCGGUUGUACUCCGCACGAGAGUACAGCUACUGAGAUUGCUGGGAAGGGGGCUUCGUCUCGCGUUGCUAUCAAGGAGACUAGUGAGCCUAGACUUCAAGAUCACAUCAUAUAG